AUGGAAUUGAGAAUCAACGCUAGUCUGAGCUCCAAGGGCGUGCUGAAAUCGUUCUCGCAACAACUGUUCGGAGCAACCAAAGGCCGGGCGUCUCUGCGUCAAGCGACCGUGACGUUGCCGCGCAGUUGGCGUACCGACUCCCUCACUUGCUCCCUCCUCCAGCCGGUCAACACUGCGUCACCGCCAGUUCACGCACAUAUUUCCAUAAGCCAGCCUCAUCCAGUCUUUGGAAACAGACCGUGGGCACAACAAAGCCAGGGAUGUGGCAGACCAGGAGAUAAAAUCCGUCUCGGAGGCGACAGUCUUCGUGGCGGCUCAAACGAAUCCCAUUCACACACCGCAAGGUUGCUGCUCGCGGAGUGGGCCAAGUUCCGAUGGGGUGUUUUUGAAGAACGUGGUAUCCCUGGAGACCCGAUGUAUCCUCCCCAGUACCGGGACCCCAGCACUCACCGAUGGGAGAGUACGGCUUGUACUGAUGGACCCAUCCACGCUACGGGUCCCGAGUGUGACCCUUCAAGAGGAGGAUGUCCCGUCGACCCCGACCCCUUUGCCAACACGCACCUUACCUCUUCCCUCUUGGCAUUGCCGGAUCUUCCUUCAGUUAGACUGUUCUGCGACGACCCAACGCACAACAAAGUUGCGCCCACGAAGCACAACUCGAUGUGUGGUGGACGCUCAGCCUGGGAAAUAAUACAGAACUCCGUUGACUUCAUUCAGGGCCGUAAUCCGGUUUCAAACUCGUCCCGAGGACUGGACCCGGUGAUAAAGUUCGUCAAAGAAGAGGGACCGAGAUACGUUUUGGUGAUCGAAGAUACUGCUUCCAUGAAUCUUCAAAGACGCUGGGAGUAUCUGAGAAAGGCGAUAAGAAGAGUCGUUGUUUACGACGUUCCUGAUCGAUCGCAUGUCGGCAUCGUCACAUUCAACUCGGUGGCCAAGAGGGUCGCGCCUCUCAACUUUAUCGAAUCCGAGUUCUCGGACAAACGACAAAAAGUUGGCUCUGCUUUGCCCAGAAAUCCGUCGACCGUUCCCGAAAGUCACAAAUGUAUUCUUUGCGGUCUUCAAGAGGCUUUGCGUACAAUAGAUGAGGCGUCGCAAGAUUCGGUCGGGGCCAACAUCGUCUUGGUUUCGUCGGGUGCCGGAGUCACAACCCAUCACCAGAUGGAUGAAAUGAUUCAUCUCAUCGAAUCUCGUGGGAUCAGAGUUACUCCUGUGAUAUACCCGAUGACGGAGAGGUCUGGAAGCACCCGCUCCUCCAUGGAACAUGGCCUGGAGCCUCUUUCCGGCAGCAGUGGUCGCAGUUUUACAGUUAUGGAUGAAGGUGUUGGAAACGAUUCGAAGGUGAGCAUGCUUGUCGCUCUCAUGGACGCCCUCAUGGCUGCUGUGAGAUUCACAGGAAAACCUGACUUACCAGGAUCACCUGUUCUGGUCCACAAAAGCGCCUACCCCGGCGGAAUUGCAUCCAUGUCCACUGGAUCCUUCGCUCUUGAUGACUCGCUCGGACCCAAUGCCAGAUUUUCGGUUUACUAUUAUGACCUGAACCACGUCGGAAAUGCAAUUCAACUCACCUCGCCAUCCGGAGAAACUCUCGUGCCGCUGCAAGAAGAAGAUGGAGACGUCAAUAUGAUUUUUGUGAACCUCGAAAAAGCUGAGCGAGGUCUGUGGUCGUACACCGUGGAGAACCGCGCGGACUCUCAUCAAGGUUUAUACGUGCAAGUCACGGCCAAGAGGAACACGUCAGCGGGCCUGAGCGUCAAACUAUGGACGAGCGCCAGCGACCAGGCAAUCAAUGCUUCGGAUCCUUCCAGCCCCGUGAUCCUCUUCGCUAGCGUAACAGAAGGAGAGUCGCCGGUGCUGAACGCCAGAGUGGUAGCCAAGCUUCAACGAUUGGGCGUCAAUGCAACAGGGAGCUCUUACGAGCCAAUAUUCGUCGACCUUAUCGACAAUGGGAUUGGAGACCCAGACGUGACCGGUAACGACGGGAUUUAUUCUCGCUAUUUACCACAACUCCACCACCGCGCCGGCCGCUACCUCCUCAGCGCAGACUUCGACCACAACAACGGCAUGGCGCUGGUGGCACGCGCGUCGUCAGGGCGCCAUCAUAAGCUCACCGGCAGCCACAGCAACUUUUACAUCCAGCCGUCGCUGGAGUCCGGUCGUGGAGACACCCCGUGCUGCGGCAGCGUACUGCAGCACCAGCACACGCGUAGGGCGCCGCCCUUCCAUCGUCACGUCUCUUGGGGCGUCCUAGACCUGAUCGAGCCGCCCUCUGUUCACGAUAGCACUCCUCCUAGCAGAAUUUUAGACCUGCGCGUGUCAGUGAACGACAGCAUGCACGAGGUGUCUCUUAAGUGGACGUCGCCUGGGGACAACUGGGACCAGGGGCGGGCCAGUUACUACGAGGCCCUGGUAGCCCCAUCAUGGCGACAGGCGCGGGCCUUUCAGGGCAACAAGUUGAAGGGUCUCCCCACUCCCCUUCCUGCUGGGACCCUUCACACCACCACGCUGCUCUUCACUAGAUUCGAACAGCUCUGGUACGUCACGAUCCGAGCUGUCGACGGGUCAGGCAACAUCGGAGGCAUCGGCAACAUCGCGACGCUGUGGGUACCCCGGCCACCGACCACCUACGAGAUCACCACCCGCACCCAGCCCGGCCUCACCACCUCCGCUGAAACUUACGGAAACUACACGGUAACGUCAGAGUUUGGUGCCAGCCGCCACCUAGGCUUCGGCAGCCUUCAAGUAGAAGAUAUUGCGAUCAUCUUGGGCUCGGUGGGAGGUUUGUUCAUCAUUGCAUCUCUUCUGAUCACCUACUGUUAUUGCUACACCGUACGCAGGAAUAAACAAAGGAAAGAUGACAUCCAGGCGCAAAACGAGAACGAGAAAUCCAGAAACGGUAGCAUCAUCAUCAAGUCCAAUUCCGGCCAAGGAUUGGAAGAAGAUGGCAGACGUGGGUCAGUAGACAGCGGAGUCAAGGAAGCUGAAGUUCGUCCCUUAUCGCCAGUCCAGUGCUGGGGAGCGACUAGGUUGCUUCAAGAACAUGAGCGGCGUUUGUCUGUGCAUUCAUCGGCCGACAUCAUAGACGAUCAAAUGGUGGCUAUGGAUGCAGGAAUGCCAUCUCCAUUUCCGGACGUGACCGUGACGGAUUACCCUCAUCAGCUGCCGACACCGACGCCCUCUUCGACCAACACCACCAACACUUAUUCGACUGACCCGCCGCCAGCGUACACUCAAUACACUCCUGAAGGCAGCAUGCAGUGCUGCCCCACAAGCGAGUAUCAAGCCUACAACGGCGCUUGGGACGAACCUUUGACCGGUCAUCUGCUCGGACGUGCUCCUAAUGGACAAAAUAUGACGGGUUAUGUAGGAGCCAUGCCACCUCCUCCUCCUCCAGCUAACCAGAUGGCACCCUCGCACAUGUCCCAGUGCAACGCAUCCUCCCCUCCUGCUAUCCACGGUCCCAUCAAUCAAGGGAUUAUGGCGCAGAAUGGAUCGGCAGAUCGCAAGAGGAGGAAUGUGACACAAGUGUAAACAACCGUCACUCUUGAACUUCGCACUUCUUCAUUGGCCAUAGAUUCUCAAAAUGAUCUCGAUCAAGUCGUUUCUAAAAUAUUCUGUAAUGAGCUUCGACUUAAUUUGAUGAAAACUCAAGUAAGUUUCUUGUGUAAUACACAAGGCAGUUUUUAAGGCUGGAAUAAAAGCAUUUAUAUUAUUAUUGCUGGACCUGAAAGACUGCCGGGCAUUAAUACGCAGGUUGAAACAUAGCCUUUAAGUUACCGUCGCCAGGAUCAUGACGACUCAUGAGAUCCAAUGAUUGAUAAAAAAUGAUAAUCGAAUGUAAUAACUCGUAGCUUUCAUCAUUUGUAAGAAAAUGAUGUUUAUUGCAGCUUGUGUAUAGAUAUAGAAGAGUUAUUGAGCGAAGUAUAAAUUUUAUGCGGCGCAUCGCGACAAAAAAUUAUGUAAUUAUUGCUUUAAAAUGAACUAAGCGAACUUAAUCUUCUGAUGAUUACCACCCAGUGAUUAUGUCGUAAUAGUUGACUCCUGUCGAAAUCAUUGAUUAAUCAAUUCCGAUUUUCGUCGAUAUUCGACGCGAUAAGUUAGUGGGAAUGCAUUUCAAAUAGGCUUUAUAUUUUAUAUGAAAUCGAUAUGGUAAAUGUGGAGAUCUAUAUGCGUGUUACAUGAUUAUUAACUGGAUAAAGAAAUUUCAUUUAAAUAAAAAUUGUAGAUAAUUACCCGUCAGUGAGGAAAAAUCUUUUUACGACUGUCAUCUAAUUGCAGUGUCAUUUGAUCAGUUUUAUUGAUGUUGUCACGCUAGGAAACGAUGCUGUAUAUCGCGGAUAGUUACUAAAUUCCUGAAACGGCCUUUAAAUAUUUUCCUAUCUGCGUCUCUGUGCCGUUCCCUGCUUAUCAAGCAGCGAUACUCAAAUUGAGUUUUCAUACCGCGCGAAUAUAUUGAAAAAUAUAUUGUAAAAAUAAAAUAUACCGUGUAAAUAGGGUUGACCAUUCGAGACGAAAUCUUACGUGUACAGGUGUGAUAUUUUUGUGAAUACAUUUCCUAAAUAACUCUGAGUGCUCAAUGCAAUUAUGUGAUUGUAGAUAUUCUACCAUUGAUGUUUUGUGGUGAAGGUUAGCGUGCUAUCUAAAUGAUACAUAAAAUACACAAAUGAUGGGAUUCGCAUGACAGACAAAAUUUUCUGGAAAGCUGCAUGAAUAUCUUGACGUAAAUGGCAAGUUCCAGCUUGCAUAAUAAUUAUCAAGGCUUUGAUGAUGAUUAGCUUUGGAAGCAGUAUGAGCUUCCCGGGUGUGUGAUAUUUAAAUUCAAUAUGUUCAUAAUUACUUUAGAAGCGAAGAAAGCGCACUGUAAAUCUACCAAAUUAUCAAUGGAAGCGUUGCAGCUAGCAGCUCCAUCGCCAGUUUAAAUUUUUAAUCAAAGGAACGACCAAAUUUACACAGAAGUGAUUAAAACCUAUUUAGACGAAUAAAAGGUAAAGUAAAAUAAAAACCAGUCCACAAAUUAUUAGUGUUUAUAUCAAUUCUAUAUAUUUUUCAAUUUUAGGUUAAUAUCGUCCGUGUAAAUUGGGUCGACCUAUUGAACAUAAUUCUAUUCUAUGAGCUUUGUUCUGAUGAUGGAGCUGGUUUUCAAAU